AUGCUCUGUACCUAUUCCAUAAUUGCACGACCGUCAAUCUCUCCGCUAAACGCACUUGUCGCCCCAAGGCCACCACAGCCCGUGCUACAACACCUCAAAGAAGAGGAGAGUGAAGAGGAGAAAAAGGCGCGCGGUUCAUCCUCCUCCUCGUCAACAUCGAACAGCCUGAACACCAAAGUUUUUCCCAGUUCUCCCAUUCCUCUCAUCACUACCACCUUGACGCUUCCUUCGCCCACAAACGAAGAGGCCACCUUCGCGGGUCUCGAGUUGGAGGAGGACGGUGUGUUGUGCGAAGGGGAGAGCGACGAGCAAGACAAAGAGGCCGACAACUUCUAUCCUGACGAAGUUUCCAGCAGAGCCAGACUGUCAGGCGCAUUCACUCUCACAGUUCCCACGCUCGAAUCCGCCAGCUCAAAAGAUCUUCUUCGAAUUUCGAGGCUUCGGCGCAAGAGCCUGCAAACCCUCGGCCACGGGCAGCUCGAGAGCCCCACCCUACCGCGGUACUCAACCAACUCGCAGUAUCUGGCCCGAAAUUCUUCGGACCUCUCCUCUUUCGGGCCAGCCUCUGAUGGCGCCACCUCAUAUGCUCCCUUCGCCCUCAACGGAGUCACACGCAGCGACCUGUUGGUACUGGAGACCUCGGUGACCCGACGCAUGGUCGACUUGCAGCAGGGCGUGAAAGAGCAAAUCCUCGGCCUCUCCGACAAGAUCGUCGCGCUUGAGCGACAGGUCAGUCUGCUGGCGGAUCACUUGGCAGCGAAAGAGCAGCGAAAUGAUGCUCGACCAUCUGCUUUCUGGCCGUCAGAUCUGGCCCCCCUACAGGCCUCGGCUCGACUGCAGCCUCCAUUGCUGUUGCCUAGGCAACCGAUCAGCUCUCAGGUCCGGCCGUCCAGACGACCGGCGCCGCUUUCCCCGUUGCCCAGCCUCAAGAGGUCGGUACAGUCCGUCUGGCCGGUCUCGGGGUCGGGCCUGCCGACGUCUGAAUAUCCGCAGACGACCGGACCUCCG